GGGGUCAGGCUGCGUUUCCACACGUGUGUAAAUGUUGGUGCGCCUCGUAUCGUCUUUUUUUUUUUUUUAAGAGGACAUUGAAAUUGGUAAAAUAAAUAAAUGAUGAACCAAACAUGGCUGAGAUCGUUGAGCAGCGGAUUGAAGACAGAAUUCAAGAAGUGGAGCAGCUAGAAAGAGUUUGUUCACGAGGAAAGAAGUGAAGUGCCGAAUACAGUUAGUUGUGACAGGAGCCUUAGUUUAUAUUGUCAAAAUGAAAAACAUGUAUAUUAGUAAGAAAUGCUUUUCCGCGUCUGUAGCAGAACAAUGUUGUGCUGUUUCCUUUCAGGGCUAUGAUUAAGAAAGUAUCAGCACUUGCAGGAAGGGGGGUCUGCCCUCUGCUCAGGCGCACGUAAACUAACUCUUUUUAAAAGAGAGCUUUGGAAGUUGUUAGUUAUGCCUUAAUGAAUGCUGCAAUUUAUCAUUCAAGGAGAGUACUAGUUUUCGGGGGAGAUCGUGAAAGCUGAACUGGCCCGAGUUAUUUAUAAAGAUGUCAUUCAGAAAAUUAAAGGUACAGAUUUCCUGCUGUCAUUCCUGUCAAUCGCUGUACUCUUUGACUUCACGAAAGAAAUGCAAGAGGAGAUCCUGCAGGAUCUGCAGAGUUUGCAUGCUGAUGACCCACUGAUGUGGGACUUCAUGGCGAAGCGGGAACGGGAGGCAGAGUCCCUGCCGACCCCGGACUCCGAGUCCAAGCAGACGAAGGCGUUGGAAGUGGGGCGCCAGGAGGAGAGGUGCUGCGCAGUGUACGAGGAGGCCGUGACCGCAGUGCCCACGGGAGUCCUGCAAGAUGCUGAACCUGCAGGAAUACUACGAGCGAGCUCUGUUGGAGUUCGGGUCUGAUGAGGACAGUUUGUGGCUGGAUUACAUUUAGGAGGAACUGAAUCACCCGCAAGGGAAACCCGAAAACUGCGGCAAGAUACACUGGUGAGCCACGCGGGUGCUGCAGGGGGAGCGGGUGGAGCGCUUCAUAGCCAAUUACACGCUGUCACAAACCGGACACUUGUAGGAGAAGCAAACCCCUUUCUGAGCUUCGGACACUCCUGGAAGAAGAUGGUUGUGUCACGGCUAACCCUUUCCAUAUUUCAAAUUAGAAUUUGUAUUUAAAAAGGAAAGGAUCUUUUAAAAACAAGUUUUCGUUGCUGUAUUGUUUUUGAGAUUCACAAAUAAAAAGGUAACUUGUUCUGUUUGACAAUCCCAUUUUAAUACCAUUGGACAUUUAGUCCAAUGACAGACAGGUACAGUAAAAACAAGUUGCAAGUUCAAAAAUUUUACAAAACAAAGUACCUUUUUGUCGAGUUUUCUUCAGUGGUACAGACACAUACGAUCAGCCCACACCGAGGAACAAGACCAGCAACACGGGAUCAAAGUGCAUUUUCAGAACAAGCUUCACCAGCACCACGUCAAUCACAGUUAGUAAUGUUACUGGAAGUAGAGAAUUACAAUGCAAGAAAACACUCAAAAUGACUUGUAUUAGACAUGUUUAUUUUUUUAACGUCACGGUUUACAGUAUUUGAUGAAGCAGUGCUCCAGUUAAAUGUCUAGUAACACUUGAGUAAAAGUUAUUAACAAAAAAAAAUGACACCACUAUGAAGCAUUACCUGUGGUUACAGUAAGCCUCUGACAGAGUUGGGGUUUCCUCGCUGUUGUGGGUUAGUGAUACUGAGCAUUAUGUAUAUAUAUUUUUUUAUAGUUAUAAUAAACAUACUUGCUGUUUA